AUGGUCCUGAUCACAGAGCUGACGGGGACUGACAACUCGGCACGGGAGACGAAGAUCCAGUACUUCUUCGACACACUCAAUUCCCAUGCCUUCUAUCUGGCCAGUCGGGAAGUACUUGCUCUGUUCUCCACCAACCGAACGACCGGUCUUGUGGUAUACUUCGGUGACAGUGUUGCUUCCGUUAUUCCAGUCAACGAGGGCUGUGCAGUCAAAGAUGCCGUUUCGAGCAUCGAGGUAGCUGGGGGUGAGAUUACGGAUGCCGCAGGCCUAGAGGGAUCCGGUGUUGCGCAGGCAGUACAGAACAGCAUUAGUGGCUGCGACGUCAACAUUAAGAAAGAUCUGUUUAAGAAUAUAGUUCUGGUCGGCAACGUCAGUUCAUCUGCCAUGUCGGGUUUCAUGGAAGAAGAGCUUCGGAAGGCUGCUCAAGCAAACCAAAAACUGUCUGUCGAGGUUCCACAAGACCCUCAAAAUGCCGCAUGGCGAGGUGGAUCCAUUCUCGGUGAACAAUCCUCCUUCAGGAACUCUUGGGUGACAAAGGCAGCUUGCGACGAGCAAGGAGCGGCGAUUGUGCACAAGAAAUGCCUCUAG